UACUUGGUCGUUUAAUUGAUAUAUUAGUUAAUUAUAGUUGGUUUUUAUUUACUAAACAUCUUAAAAGACAAACAGAUUUUAUUUCAAUAAAAUUUUUAAUAUUUAUUCGUCUUAUUAUAUUAACUAUUAUUUGUGUUUCUAAUUUAUUUCAAGAAAUAUAUUAUUUCUUAUUUUUUUCAAUUGGUUUUUUUCUAACAUCAUUAUCAAGUUUAAUAUUAUAUUGGAUUGAACGUGAUUUAAGUUUAAAUGAAUUACUUCUUCGAAUUAUAUUAUUUACAAUAAUAAUAAGUGAAAUAAUAUUUCCUGUAUUUAUAUUUUAUAGAAUUGAAUAUUUUAUUCAUUUUUAUUUAUUAAUUGGUUUAUGUUUGUUGUUUAUUUUCUUUAUGAUAAUUUUAUAUUCAAGUAAAAAAUGGCAAAGAAAUAGAUUAUAUCGUUUAUUACCAGAAUCAAUGGAAUUAGAUGAAAUGGAAUUAGAAGAGAAUUCUGAUAAUGAAAUAUCCAACAGUUUGAAAUUAAGACAUUGA